AAUGCAAGGAAGAAACAACAUGAAUGUCCCCAAUGUUUCAAAACCUUUGCUGCACCUUCUGCUCUUGCAAUUCAUCAACGAACACACACAGGAGAAAAGCCCCAUCAUUGUUCUCAGUGUGGAAAGACUUUUAGUCAAAUGAGUAGUCUCAAGACACACCAGAUGAUCCACACAGGAGAAAAGCCCCAUCAAUGUUCUCAGUGUGGAAAGACUUUUAGUCAAAUGAUUAAUCUCAAGACACACCUGAUGAUCCACACUGGGGAAAAGCCAUAUCAUUGUUCUCAGUGUGGAAAGACUUUUAGUGACAUGAGUAAUCUCCAGAGACACCAGAUGACACAUACUGAGGAAAAGCCAUAUCAGUGUACUACAUGUGGGAAGGGUUUCAGGACUAGCAGAGAACUGCCCAUCCACCAGAUGACACAUGCUGGGGAAAAGCCACAUCAGUGUUCUCAGUGUGGAAAGACCUUCAGUGCAGCAGGUGAUCUCAAUAGACACCAUAGAAUCCAUACAGGUGAAAAGCCCCAUCAGUGUUCUCAGUGUGGAAAGACCUUUAAUUAUAUGUCUCAUCUCAAGACACACCAGAUGACACAUACUGGGGAAAAGCCAUACCAUUGUUCUCAGUGUGGGAAGGCCUUUCGUCAAAUGGGUGAUCUCAUCAGACACCAGAUGACACAUACUGGGGAAAAGCCAUACCAUUGUUCUCAGUGUGGGAAGGCCUUUCGUCAAAUGAGUGAUCUCAUCAGACACCAGAUGACACAUACUGGGGAAAAGCCAUACCAUUGUUCUCAGUGUGGAAAGACUUUUAGUCAGAUGGGUUAUCUCAAGACACACCAGAGGGUCCAUAGUGGAGAAAAGCCACACCAGUGUUCUCAGUGUGGAAAGACUUUUAGUGAAAUGGGUACUCUCAAGGAUCACCAGAGGAUCCACACUGGAGAAAGGCCAUAUCAUUGUUCUCAGUGUGGAAAGGCCUUUAGUCAAAUUAGUAGUCUCAAGACACACCAGAUAAUCCACACUGGGGAAAAGCCACACCAGUGUUCUCAGUGUGGGAAGUGCUUUAAUGCCAAAGGCAAUCUCAAGACACAUCAGAAAGUACAUACUAGAGUAGCUCACAUCUAACAACCCAUCAGAUCACGGAUGAAGGGGGAAAGCCUUAUCAGUGUCUUCAGUGUGGAAAGGCCUUUAAUAGAAUAUCUAGUCUCAAGGUAAAUCAGAAAAUACAUCCUAAAGGCCUCAUCCAUGCAGUACACAAAAAAGCGCAAUGUUCAUCAGAGGACGCAAGCAGGAGAACAGGCUUAUCGGACAAAAACCUUACAAAAAUACUUGAUAUAUGCAAAGACUGAAAAAACACAUCCGUGUUCUUAGUGUGGAAAGGCCUUUCGCCAGAGGAUCCAUUCAUAUGAUGUGCUGCCAUAUUAUAUAUAGAUGUAUCCAUGAAUCACUGAUGAUCAAGCUACUGAUGGGGACGUAUGAAAUGCUGCCCUGCUAACACAUGAUGAAGUAUCACUUACUGUAAUAUUUUGGAUUUUAUGAGUUUUAAACUAAAUGUGAAGUACAUGAUGAAGUAUUAUUUCUUCAUAUUUGAAACGUGUGAUGUGGUAGAGAUUGAAAUAAAAAUUGAGUACAAAAA